AUGCGAUCUGCAAGCAUAUGCCACAUCCGAUGUGCAAGCAUAUGCGAUCUGCAAGCAUAUGCCACAUCCGAUGUGCAAGCAUAUGCGAUCUGCAAGCAUAUGCCAGAUGCGAUCUGCAAGCAUAUGCCACAUUCGAUGUGCAAGCAUAUGCGAUCUGCAAGCAUAUGCGAUCUGCAAGCAUAUGCGAUCUGCAAGCAUAUGCGAUCUGCAAGCAUAUGCGAUCUGCAAGCAUAUGCCAUCUGCAAGCAUCUGCCAGAUACGAUCUGCAAGCAUAUGCCACAUUCGAUGUGCAAGCAUAUGCGAUCUGCAAGCAUAUGCGAUCUGCAAGCAUAUGCGAUCUGCAAGCAUAUGCCAUCUGCAAGCAUAUGCCAGAUGCGAUCUGCAAGCAUAUGCCACAUCCGAUGUGCAAGCAUAUGCGAUCUGCAAGCAUAUGCCAGAUGCGAUCUGCAAGCAUAUGCCACAUUCGAUGUGCAGACAUAUGCGAUCUGCAAGCAUCUGCGAUCUGCAAGCAUCUGCGAUCUGCAAGCAUAUGCAAUCUGCAAGCAUAUGCCACAUUCGAUGUGCAAGCAU